AUGAGGCCGUCACAAAUCCUCGCCGCCGUCGUGGCCAUGUCAUCCGUCACGAAUGCCAUGCAGGUGUCGGAUGUAUUGGGCAAUAUCAACGGACUGUCAAACGUCAAGGAGAUUCUACUCGGCCGACAGAACAACAAUGAGAAUAACAACAAUAACAACGAAGAGCCACAACGUCCCCAAGCCACAACACCACCAGAGAACAACAACAAUAACAAUAAUAACAACAACCAAGACCAAAACCAAAACCAAAACCAAGACCAGAACAAAGACCAGAACAAAGACCAGAACCAAGACCAAAACCAAAACAACAAUAACAACAACAACAACGGUGACAGACCGGCAGAGAAGAGUGACCGUCCCCAAAGCAGCAGAACCGGUCGACCAAAGCCUACGAGUUUCGACCCACGCCUGCCCGCUGGAGGUGUUUCAAUGAUUACGCCAGCUGCCACCCUUGGCGAGCCAUUUUACAAGGUCGGCGACUGGGUGACGUUUGCUUGGAAUUUCACUUCGCUCUCCGUAACGCCAAAAAACAUUGAUGUCAUGGCCACAUGCACUGCAAACCAGGCUACCUACACCAUUGCCGUGAAUAUGUCUGCCUCGGAGACCGAAGUCUUCUGGAACACGGGGGAGACGCCAGAAGGCCAGGCACCCUUCUUGACCAACAAGUACACCCUUUUGAUCUACGACUCCAAUUCCAGCGUCAGCGCGGCUCCUCAAGCUGGUUACCUAGCACCAUUCAGCGGCCUCACCUUUGGCAUGUACACACCGCAGCCGUACGUGGACUACCAUGAUGGCUGGACAUGUCCAAACUGCAAUGGCGCGCUAUCCCAAUUCGAGAGGAUGACUAUCAGUGCACUCUUGAUGACGACCGGAACCACCAUUGGCUCGCUCAUCUACUUCACCUAUGCCUUCGGCCUGUGGUAG